AUGGAGCUGGAUCUGGAGCUGCCUCUGGGUACAGGCGGGAGCCCAGCGGAGAGCGGCAGCAGUGGCGGCGGCUGGGGCUUCAGGAGGUCUAACAGCUCCCUGCUGAUCCACGGCCUCAGUGACACUUCGCCAAUGUUCCAGGCCGAGGCGCUGAGGGCAAGGAGGAAGGGCACAAGGCUCCCGAGCAGCCAUGGCCUGCUGCUACCGGCCUCCCGGGUCCGCAUGCACGGCAGCCGCUUGCACCAGAUCAAACGGGAAGAGGGCAUGGACUUGAUCAGCCGAGAGACGGUCCACGAGCGCGAGGUGCAGACCGCCAUGCAGAUAAGCCACUCCUGGGAGGAACGUUUCAGUCUGAGUGACAAUGAUGUGGAGAAAUCGGCCUUCCCAAAGCGCAUCGAUUUCAUUCCAGUGUCACCAGCACCGUCACCUACCCGCGGAAUCGGAAAGCAGUGUUUUUCACCUUCCUUGCAAAGUUUUGUGAGUAGUAAUGGGUUGCCUCCAAGCCCUACUCCUCGCCCAACUACCAGAUUUACCACCCGGCGAAGCCAGAAUUCCAUCAGCUGCAUUAGACCAAGUGUUCUUGGACCAUUGAAAAGAAAAUGUGAAAUGGAAAUCGAGUAUCAACCAAAGAGAUUUUUUCAGGGCAUCACCAACAUGCUUUCUUCUGACGUUGCGCAGCUGUCAGAACCCGGUGUGUGUGUGUCUUCGGAUACUCUCGUUGGGAACAACAGCAGUAUGGAUUCUCCUUGUAACUCACCAGUGAAAGUCAGCACUACCACCGCCGCUCCUGUGUCACUGCCGAGGCGGCCUCUCCCUUUAUUCCGGUAG